AGUAUUAAAGUACACAUUGAACUUGACGGUUGAUUAUUAUUAUUUCAACCGUGGCUUAAAGGCAGACAUAAUUUUUUUGUUUUUUUUUGGUUUUUGAUUUAAUUUUUUUGUUCUUUUGUAAUAAAAAAGAAAAUAUUUGUACAUUGUACGAUUUUCUGUUAUUACGUUUUUAUUUUGUUAACUUUACAAAAUUUUGUGGUUUAAAAAGAAAUCUAUAAUUUUACGCUUUAUACCAAGCACAUAUACACACAUUGAAAUCCGUAUAUGAGUGUAUACAUACAUACAUAUAGGCAAUAAAUGAUACACGUUGAAUUUUCAUAGUUUUUCCUUUUUUUCUUGUUAUUACUUUAAUAUUAACUGAAUAUAUGGGGAAUUGUUAGUUUCCAUAUUUCAAUUUUUUUUUUAGUGUUUGUUUUAAUUUUUUUUGUUUUUUUGGUUUUUCUUAUUAUAUCUAUCGAUUUAAAGGCACCUUACAUUUCCAACUAUAAAUCAAGAAGUAAUUGAGUAAAUCAAAACUUUAUUUUUCUUUUAAAUUAAAAAAAAAUUUCACUUAGCUUAUAUGUCGAUAAUUUCAUAAAUGGUAAAAAUAACAAUUUAAUAAAAUAAUAUAGUAGAAAUCAGUGUAAUUUAAUAAAAUAUUUGUUGGUUUAGAAAUUUAAAGCGAAAAGAAAACAGAUAUAAAAAAAAAAUAAAAGAAAAAGUGAAAAUGAGUGACGGUAUAGAACAAUUCAUUGUAAAUUUUAGUAAUGAAACAACUGAUACAUCACCGAUAAUUACAAUGGGUGGAGAAGAUAAUAAUAAUAAUGGUAUAAAUGGUAGUUUAAAUGAAAAUGAUAAUAACGAUAAAGCCGUAUUAAGUGCACCAGCUGAAUGGAUUUUAAUUGUAAUUGGAAUAAUUGUUGGAUUCGUUAUUAUUGUAUUUAUAAUAAGAAAAAUCAUUCAAGGACCAUCAUACUGGAAAAAUAAUCGUAUUGAUGAUAAAGUUGUAAUUGUUACAGGAUGUAAUACUGGAAUAGGUAAAGAAACUGUUUUAGAAUUAGCUAAAAGGGGAGCAAAAAUUUAUAUGGCAUGCAGGGAUCCAAUUCGAUGUGAAGCUGCUCGUUUAGAAAUUAUCGAAAAAACUAAAAAUGAAAAGAUUUUUAAUCGUACAUUAGAUCUUUCAUCAUUGGAUUCAGUUAGGAAAUUCGCUGACACAUUUCAUAAAGAAGAAAAUCGUUUAGAUAUUUUAAUUAAUAAUGCUGGUGUUAUGGCAUGUCCGCAUAUGCUUACAAAAGAUGGUUUUGAAAUGCAAAUUGGAACGAAUCAUUUAGCACAUUUUCUUUUAACAAAUUUACUUUUGGAUACAAUCAAAGCAUCAGCACCAAGUCGUAUUGUCGUUGUAGCCAGUGGAAUAUAUUUAUGGGGUCGUAUUAAAAAAGAUGAUUUAAUGAGUGAAAAAUCAUAUGCAAAAAUCGAAGCAUACUGUCAAAGUAAAUUAGCUAAUAUUCUUUUUUCGAAACAUUUAGCUAGUAAAUUAGAGGGAACUGGUGUUACAGUAAACUGCUGUCAUCCUGGUGUAGUAAAAACUGAACUUGGAAGACAUUUAAUCAAAAAUAAAACAAAAGCAUUUCUAAAUCCAAUUGCAUCAUAUUUUUUAAAAUCACCAAGAGCUGGAGCCCAAACUCAAUUACGUUUGGCACUAGAUCCUUCAUUGGAGAAAACUUCUGGUUAUUUCUAUCUUGACUGUAUAAGAGCUCCAGUUUUGCCAAAAGCUAAAGAUAAAGAAAUGAUGGAAUGGUUGUGGAAUAAAAGUGAAGAAUUAAUUGAAUCAGUGCAGAAAAAUAAUAACAAAAUGAAUAUUGAAGAAGUUAAUAAUAAAAAAGAAACAACAAUGACAUUAGAAACUGCCGAUGAAAUUAAAGAAAUUAAAGAAAAUACUGAAGAAAAUGAAAAUAUUGAAGUAGACAAAAAUAAGAAUGGUGAUGCGAUAGUCAUUGAAGUAACAAAUGAAAAAUAAGUUUAGUAAAAUUAGAUACCCGUAAAUCUACAUAUGUAUAUAUAUAUAUAUAUAUAUAUAUGUACGUACUUAUAGUAAUUAUAUGUAUUUAAAAAUAAUAUCAAUUUUUUAUAAAUUUAUAAUUUAUACAUAACUUUAUAUAAAAGAACUAUGUUACUUUAUUUAAAUAUAAUAUGUAGAAACAUACAUACGUACAUGAAAUAUUAAAUAUCAUUUUGUUCCUUUUGGGAAUUUUCAUUUGUAUAGAUAAGAAAAUGUAUUUUUUAAUUACUCUAAUAAGAAAAUAA